AUGGCUUCUUCAGGUGACGUUAAAUAUCCUGCUGUCAACGGACCUGCAUCCGUUGCCGACAACGUUGCAGUCGAAGCUUCCAAGACAACCGCUGAGCUUCGCGGGCUCAAGGAUGCAAAGGUCACACCUUCCACCAGAACCACAAACGGUCAACAACUGACUCACUACCAUUCUCUUGUGUACAGCCUUUUGAGCUGGGAGCGUCCCCGGGCUACUGCUAUCUCCUUCGCCAGCGUCGUGUUCUUCAUUCUUGCUGCUCGCUUCUUGCCUCUUUUGCGAUGGGUGUUUAAGUUUUUGUACAUUUCACUCGGAGUCACCGCCGCCGCUGAAGGAGCCGGCAAGCUCAUCUUCAACCAAGGCUUGACAAGCUCUUUCCGUCCUCGCAAAUACUACACCCUACCUAAGGAAACCGUCGAGGGAAUUUUGGAAGAUUUGGAGCAACUCGCAGACUUCUUCCUUAUUGAGUUCCAGCGCAUUCUGUUCGCCGAAAAUGUCUUGCACACUGCUGCUGCUUUCAUUGCUGCCUUCCUUUCCUACUGGCUCAUCAAGGUUGUUCCUGUCUGGGGCCUCGCCUUGCUCGGCACAACCGUCGCUUACCUUGGACCCUUGAUCUACAUCAGCAACCGCGAAUUCAUCGAUGAGCAGAUUGCCCAGAUCCAGCAGCUUGUGAACGCCCAGGCCAACCAUGCCAAGGAACUCGCCAACCAACAGACUGCCCGUGCCACCGGAUUGGUGAAGCAGUAUGCCAACGACUACAGCUCCAAGGCUCACGAGUACAUUGGAAACCGCCGCUCUGCAUCCCCAGAGGCCGUCAAGGCCCCAGCUCCAGCAAUCAAGGUCGAGCCAAUCAGCCCUCCCAAGUUCCAGACCACCGACUUCCCCAAAGCUCCCAAGACUGAGCCCGUCGUCGACGCUGCCGAGCCCGAGCCUGCCGCAUCUACCGAGAAGCAGGAGCCAUUGUUGGCUUUGUAA